AUGAGCCCGAGACCAUCUUCAAGUAAGGACCGCAGCCCGGAACCUCCGCGGCCUGCGGGAGUUGCGCCGACCUUCCCCCUGAAGCCCAGGAGCCCCGCGCGGGGGGGAAAAGAGCCCAAAAAGCGCAACGAGCGCGCGGGGAAGGGCUUCAAGGGCGGCCCGCAGAACGCGCUGUUCACGUUCCGCGGAGUGCGGCAGCGCAGCUGGGGGAAGUGGGUGGCGGAGAUCCGCGAGCCGCGGAGCCAGCGCCGGCUGUGGCUGGGGUCGUUUCCGCGCGCGGCGGACGCCGCAAUGGCGUAUGACGUGGCGGCCAAGCGACUGUACGGCUCUGGCGCAAAGCUCAACUUUCAUCAGGGAGCAAAUGAUGCAACUCCACAGAACCAGCGCCAACGGCUCAUGCAGACGCUGCAGCACCCUCAGGUGUUAUCCCAGGUGUUAUCCCAGGUGCCACAGCUGCCACAGGCGCUACAGCACCCGCAACUGCUGUCACAUGCGCUGCAACAGCCGCAGGUGCCCUCCCAGGUGUUACAGCAGCAACUGCAGGCGCUACAGCAGCACUCACGGGCGCUAGAGCACUCACAGUCGCUACACCAAUCACAGGCGCUACAGCAACCACAGGCGCUUCAACGCCCUCAGGCGUUUUCACAAGCACCGCAACAGCCACAGGUGCUCUCCCAUGCGCUACAGCAGCCAGAGUUAACGAGUGUGCUACAGCCGUCCACUGAAAUGGCUGGACUCACGGGAAGCGGAGGUGGGGCACUCAGGGACCCGCCCCACGCUAUGCUGCCAGCACAGCCGCUACAGCUGCCACAGUUGUUGCCACGGCCCCUGGCACAGGUGAUACUACAGCCGAAUCAGUCAUUUGCCCAUGUGCUACAGCCGUCACAGGUGCUGACCGAGGCGCUACGACCGGCUGAAUUGCAGGCACAUUUGCUGCAACAAGGUCCUGUCUACUCAACCCAACAAGUGCCACCGCCACCAUUGCUGCCACGACCGCUGCAGCCGUCUCUGGUAUGUCACACGCUACAGCCGCCACAGGCGCUACAACUGCCACAGCUGCCGCCACAGGCGCCGUCUCUUCCCCUGGGCUUGCCAAUAUCGCCCGGCCUUCAGGACAUGCUGAUUGGCCGAGAGAUUGCACGCCUGUUGAGGAACCCACAAGGGGAAAGCACGGUUGGACGAGGGAAGGCUGGUCUGCUGCUGGGUGGUUCUUCUACUGUCAGGUUUGAAGGGCAUUCGGACUUGCUGUUGCCCGGUGACCUAGUUUCGGCCAGGCCAGUCAGGCUUGAUGGUAGGAGACAGCAGCAGCUGGAAGGGAUGGGGAUGCACGAAGGUGCAGGCCGGCAGGGAACGGUUGGGGAGCAUAAAACGCUGGUGAGGGAACAGGAGAUGCUGUUGAGGGAGCAUGAGAGGAAGGUGACACAAGAGGUGCUGGUGAUGAAAGAAACCGCAAGUCAAGCGAUGAGUUCUCCCACAGCUCAAAACAUGCGCGACGAGGCAAGCUUACAGGAGAUUUUGCGAGAGCAUGAGAUGAAGGUGAUACGAGAGGUGAUGCUGCUGCAUGAAACCCGGAUGCUGUCACUGCAGGCUUCUGCCUCGUUGCUUGAGGUUCCUCAUAGGCACGCUUCUGCCUCGUUGUUUGAGGCGCCUCAGAGUCAUAGGCAGGCCUCUGUCUUGUCCCCAGCUCUGCCCCAAGGCACGCCAGAUGGGCCGGACAUGUUCAGGUUCGGCACUUCCGAGCCUGUUAGUGGAGCGCGUAAGAAUGUGGUUUGCGGGAGUGGCUGCAGAGUUGGAGGCAGCAGUAGUGGUAGCAGACUCGAUAGCAUCGUUAGCAGCAGCAGCAGCAGCAGCAGCAACAGCAACAGCAACAACAGCAGCAGCAACAGCCACCACCACAACCAAUGCAAGGGGUAUGGAUGGCUUAGGCAGCAGAAGCGAAGGUAG